AUGCCGGAUCUUCCCUCUCCUCUCACUACCACGUCCAAUGGAAGCUGGAAUUCUGAUGUGGCGGCCAUUAUUAGAUCUCCAUGCAGCUCAACUGGCGCCAUAUCUAAUCCGUUUGGUUCUUUCAACAGUGUGCCUGGGAACAUCUACUGCCUCCCGCGCCCACAGGAGCCAGACAUGUAUAAAGCGGUUCAAGGGUUCAAAAUCAUCUCUGCAACAAUCAUCUUGCAUAUUCAGCUCUUCGACCAACUCCUCGAUUUCAAAAUAGAUUCAUUAGGGGCUACUUGGGCUGGAUGCUGGGUCCUCUUUCGCCACGGGUACUGGAUUCACCUUUGCACUCAGCUUUGCACUCAACUGUACCGAACUUUCCGGACUUGGUUAAGACGCAAGAAUGAGACAGUAGAGAAUGACGGGACACCCUUCAGAGUAGAGAGGAAAGGAGAUGAGUUCAUUAUUCGCGGAAAUUGUUCCCCUCAUGACUCUCGCUUUAAAGAGGCAGUGCUAGAAGAAUGUUGGACAGGCAAACUCCUGCUUGCAGAGAGCAAUGGAGAAUGGAUGCGCCUUUUCCGCUGAAAUCAGACAGGAAAUGAGAUUCCCUCAAGAAUUAUGGCCAAUCCAAAAGAGACAGCGGAGGAAGCGAAAGGAGUAGGGGUAC